AUGGAAAAGAUAAUUGAUUUUAAGAAAUCAUUAGUGACCGUGGAUCCAACAUGCUUUUCUGAGAGCAUUUAUAACCUCAUACCCAGUGACGCGAAGGAGCCUCCCCAGCCUCCUAGGUACACAUCAGUUUUUAAGACAGCUGUGAAAGAUGAUAUUCAAAAAACUAAAACUGCAAUGAAAACUAUGGGACCAGCAAAAGUUGAAGUACCUUCUCCAAAGGAUUUCCUAAAGAAACAUUCAAAGGAGAAAACUCUACCACCCAAAAAAAAGUUUGAUUGGAAGGAGCCCAGAAAGCCUCCCGUGCCACCGAGGAGUGAACAUCCUGUCAUGGGAAUACAGAGUGGAAAAAAUUUUAUAAAUACUAAUGCAGCUGAUGUCAUUAUGGGAGUGGCAAAAAAGCCUAAACCAGUUUAUGUUGACAAAAGAACUGGAGACAAGCAUGAUCUUGAACCUUCAGGACUAGUUCCAAAGUUCAUCAAUAAAAAGGAUUAUGGUGUCACACCUGAAUAUAUAUGUAAGCGAAAUGAGGAAAUAAAGAAAGCCCAAGAAGAAUAUGAUAACUAUGUGCAGGAAAACCUUAGAAAGGCAGCCAUGAAAAGGCUAUCUGAUGAAGAAAGGGAGGCAGUUCUACAGGGGUUGAAAAAGAACUGGGAAGAGGUUCAUAAAGAGUUCCAAUCCCUCUCGGUAUUCAUAGAUUCCAUACCAAAGAAGAUUCGCAAGCAGAAGUUGGAAGAAGAAAUGAAACAACUAGAACAUGACAUUGGUGUAAUUGAAAAGCAUAAAAUUAUUUAUAUUGCCAAUAAGUAA